AGGAUUUCAACCUCCUGUGAACCAAUGUAACCAUUAGGUCAAUGGAGGUUACAAAUGUACCAGGAUUUGAGAAUUUCUGAAUAUGAUGAUUUAUGAUAGUUUGUAUGAGUGUAACCAAUGUAACCAAUGUAACCAUUAUGUCAAUGGGGGUUACAAAACAAGAUAACUGAAUUAUGGUGCACAUUUUGUGCCUUAUAUGUAAAAACCAGGUGGCGCACAGAACUGUAUUUACUUCCUUGUAACCUGUAACUAGCUACUCGAGUAGAAAUGGACGCAAAAGAGGAGGCGAAAGAAUUACAUGCUAAAUUAACAUCAGAUCUAAACGAGCAGUUUGGUCUGUUUGAAGCCGAUAGAUAUGAACAGCUUGUCAACAGACUAAAAGCAAAAUUGAGUCCGAAGGUAAGAAAGGAAGCCAAGCAUAUAAUGGACAUUUUAGAGGCCUUGGAAAGAAAUGGUACCUUUGGUCCGGGAAACUACCAAUACUUGAAAAAUGUUAUCAACGAGUAUGACGGUCGUGUUGUGGCUGAUUUGAUUGAACCAACUGAACGGGAAAUUCAGAGAAUAUUGUCAAGAGGACAAGGAACGGGUUCUGCUUCCGGCAGAAGAACAGCGUCAGGAAGUACAUAUUAUAAUAAUCAAGCUACUCGAGUAGAAAUGGACGCAAAAGAGGAGGCGAAAGAAUUACAUGCUAAAUUAACAUCAGAUCUAAACGAGCAGUUUGGUCUGUUUGAAGCCGAUAGAUAUGAACAGCUUGUCAACAGACUAAAAGCAAAAUUGAGUCCGAAGGUAAGAAAGGAAGCCAAGCAUAUAAUGGACAUUUUAGAGGCCUUGGAAAGAAAUGGUACCUUUGGUCCGGGAAACUACCAAUACUUGAAAAAUGUUAUCAACGAGUAUGACGGUCGUGUUGUGGCUGAUUUGAUUGAACCAACUGAACGGGAAAUUCAGAGAAUAUUGUCAAGAGGACAAGGAACGGGUUCUGCUUCCGGCAGAAGAACAGCGUCAGGAAGUACAUAUUAUAAUAAUCAAGCUACUCGAGUAGAAAUGGACGCAAAAGAGGAGGCGAAAGAAUUACAUGCUAAAUUAACAUCAGAUCUAAACGAGCAGUUUGGUCUGUUUGAAGCCGAUAGAUAUGAACAGCUUGUCAAUAGACUAAAAGCAAAAUUGAGUCCGAAGGUAAGAAAGGAAGCCAAGCAUAUAAUGGACAUUUUAGAGGCCUUGGAAAGAAAUGGUACCUUUGGUCCGGGAAACUACCAAUACUUGAAAAAUGUUAUCAACGAGUAUGACGGUCGUGUUGUGGCUGAUUUGAUUGAACCAACUGAACGGAAAAUUCAGAGAAUAUUGUCAAGAGGACAAGGAACGGGUUCUGCUUCCGGCAGAAGAACAGCGUCAGGAAGUACAUAUUAUAAUAAUCAAGCGUCAACAUUGACAAGUUUGAAUGUCGGCAAAAGAAAAAAUGAAGACGAAGAACUGGUGAGUACAGAACCGAGAGAUUCUAGUCCACCAGCAGAACAUGUAUCACAAAACAAUUCAUCGGAGUAUAAUUAUGUACAGCCUUCCCAGAGUUGUGAGAUUAAAUCAGGAUUGAAUCCUAACAUAAAAAGCAGCAGUGAAGUCCAAACAACAUCGUCUAAGGUGUAUGUCCGUGUUAAAGCUAGAAAGAGAGACAUUUCAAAUAUCCAUGAUGAGUCAACAGCAGCAGCCAGUUUGACAGGGUUCACAAAAGAGGAAAUCAACUUUACAAAGAUGGGAAUGAUUGCUCUAAAUAUUCUUGCUGAUGUUUUAUAUGAUCUAUUAAAACCAGAUAAACCAUAUCUACGUCCAAGGUGUGGUUGUGAUAUAUCAUACUUAUACAGUGAGCACAGGAAACUUAAUAAACAUGUUCCAAGUAAUUCAAACCACCGACAAUAUCCUCAUGGACCAUGGGGAGGGAAAUGGCCAGAUAUUCAGAAUACUGACAUAGCCAUUGGAGAUGAUAUUGAGCGCAUAAGACUGACAAGAAACGAAUUACAACACUCUGAUAUAUUUCAAAUUAAUGAUACACGUUUCAAUGAAUUAUGUCACAUAUUAAGCGAACUUUUGAAACGCUUUGAUCACUAUAACAAACCAACAAGGCUCUAUACAGAUCAACUAAAUGAAAUUUUGGCAAAAACUGUUUCGGCAGAGGAAGUGAAAUCAAUUGAAAAUGAAAUAUCAGGAAUGGCUAUUGAAGUUGAAAUAGAACACCAAAUCAAUGUUCCAACACAAUAGAGAAAUAAGUUCAUCUUCACAACUAACAUAUAUAUGUAUACAUACUACCACAGCAACAGAUUUGCAGUAGACCAAUCCUACAUGUAUAGAAUCAAUCAUCUUUAAUAGCACAAGGACCCCACUGGAAAUAAGUUUUAACAACUUUUGUGGGUCAUCCUAAGGUAUUAGGCUACAGUGAAAAUCUAGUUUAUUUAAAUUUCACUCAUUUUUUAAUCUAGUCUACUCAUAUUAUCAAAAUAUCAUGACAAUUUUCAUAACUUUAUUUUUUUUUAAAUUAUAAUUUAUAGUAAUCGACAUGUAAAUCAUUUUAGUGUCUUUGUCUAGUGAUAUAUCUGUGUCAUUGUAAUUUAAUGUAUCUGUAUUCUGUUAAAAUCAUGCCUUUUACCUUGAAUAAAUAUAUAUAGCUGAAAUAGAGUUGCAGAAAAUAAUUGGCAGGAUAAAAAAAAAGUAAAUAAAAGUGGAAUGAUUAAACUAAAGUUAAAGAAUGGACUAUUAUUAAACUGUUUCAGUAUUAUUUUUUAAAUGUUAUCACAUGCAUGCAGCAAAUACUGUAAUAUUUAUAAUGCUAAUUAAUUAUGUACAUACAGCGAAUACUUGUUUAAGCAUAUAUAUAUUUAUGUGUAAUAAUGAUAGGUAGAAAAUUGUUUUCAGUACAGUCAGUUGUGGAAAAAUCUGUAUUUUGACCUUCAAAUUUCGGUGGGAUGCUGUUUAAUUGCUGUAUAUCAACUAUCUUGUUUAAUUCAUAAAAGUCAAUUAAGUUAGAUCAUAGGUAUAUAUUUCUUCAAAUAGAAUGUUCUUAUACUUUGCCUAAAUGAAGAUUAUACUAUGCUUUUUUCAAAAAUAUAAAAAAAAGUAUAGGUCACUGUGCUAUUUUCCAAGCUACAUGUAGGAAUCGUUGAAAAUUGCUUAUAUUUUGUUAGAUUGUUUAUGAAAAAACACAUUUGUUCCAGGAGAUAUUAUUUUGAAAUAAAUUGUGAGAAAAUAGGUUUUAUAAUAUGUUUUAAGAAAAUAAAAUGAUAAAAUGGUGUCA